AUGCUGCUCUACAAAAAAUUGUACAACAGUUAUGUACAAAAACUUCGUAGGAUCACAUCGUUUUAUGAUUUGCAGACAGCAAAAUGUCAGCUUAUCAACUGUUUAGAAACGAACGUGUGUACUUUUAUUCGGUCGAAAUGGUACAGUUUAUACAGCGUUGAAAGAAGUAAGAUUUCAUCUGUUCAUUCGCAUAUUGCUUUUAUUUUGAAGUUGGAAUGCCAUAACCUGCUCUUUUCAAUCAUUAGCUUGUUGUCUACGAUGCUAGGGCUAAAUCUAUAUGUAUAUAUAUAUGCGUGCAUAUAUCGGCAGAUAAAUCUGCAUGGGGCCUAGCCCCAUGUAGCCUUGACCUAGGCACGGCCAGAGACGGAGCGAUGGGUUAGCAGGAAUCUAUAUGUCGAUAUCGUAUUUUAGUGAAUAACAAUGAGUUAACUCGUGAGAAACAUCAGCCUGGUUUGCAAUCUCUGGCAAAAGAACGGACACUACAUCCUUGGCUACCACUGCGUGUCUGCGACACAAGAAUAGCGCGCAUGAAAUGACCGUCUACUCAUAAAACAUUUAUUGUGCAGUACGGCACAACCACUGUCAAACUACCCUGCCAACACAUGGCACCGAGGGCCAGACGGGGCUAGAUGGGGCUAGGCCCCGUCCAAAUUUGGGUGAAUUUCCAUUGUUUCCUAAUGACGUCGCUCUGCGCUAUAUCGGACAGAUUUUGCUCUCUUAUCGUUGAAUAUAUAGAAUAUACUGUUGCUUUCCCGCGGAAGACGACAUUUAGAACUCUUGUAUUUGUAUUUACCGCCCAAAAUUCUCACAGACAUUGAGAUUUAAUUUAUAAAAUUUUCGCAUUCGGAUAAUUUUAGUUACUAGAAGUCUUAGAAUCGGUGCCACUUCAGAAUCAGCCAAAAUCCAAGUAUAACGUGUCUUUUUGUCUAGCGUACUACGUUGAGGAAUCUCAAAUUAUUUAAAUAUUAUUUUUAAAAGUGAGGGAAACCCCUCAAACGGGCCUUUGUGCAAUAAAAUUGUCUUAAAAUGAAGCAUAAAGAGGUAGGUGUGGAGCGAAUUCUUCAUAAACUGGGUUGUCUAGAAUGGAUCAGAAACGAAAUCUCGAUCAUUUACUCGUGGAUGAAUCAAGGCGGAAUAUGAUCAUAUUAAAAUCUUCUUGGUUGACACUUUUUGUGGUCAGUUUUUUAAAGAGAACUCAUAAUAGUCCGAGCAUCCCUGGAAUGCAGGGACAAAAUUGACGCUAUUUUUACCUGGUUUUACAUUGAAAAAUUGAAUUUUGUUUUUAAUACCCUACUGUCCAUACUCAGAGGCAAACGGGUUCUCUUAUUCCUGGUGGGGAAUGAAGUAGUUUGAUCUUUAUUGGAUUAGACCUUAUUUAUUUAUAAUGCAUAAUACCUCACAAGGCGUCUCAUUGACCACGCAAUCCAUUUUUACUUUCGUCUCUUUGUUUGAUCAAUGCUUAAUCCCUUAACAAUAAACAGGACUUCACUGUGGACUAGAAUGUUCCUGCUGUAAUUUAACUGACAUAUACACUAAUUCUGUAUUAGUUCUGAGGUUGAAUUUGGCUUAUAUAACAUUGCGGAUUUGUAAACCAGAAUGUUCUGCCAUUUUGCCCAGUCUAUCUAUUACCUAAAAUUUAGGCCAUGCUUUUAGAGAUUUUUGGCGGUUACAUGAAACAUCUACUGAAGAUUCGACUGCUUCCUGUAUAACAAAAUGUUUCAACACCACUCUGGUCAUCCACAUUAAUCACAAUUUUAUACAAAAUAUAGACAUUGAACUGUUAUUAAAACGUCUGAAAAUUCAUUUCUAAAUUUAACUGGAAGAAACGAAAUAUCGAGAAACCUAGCGGACCUUGCAAUUGGUAAUUGAACUUACAAAGCUAUUAAUGACAUUAUUAUGCUGCCAAUUGAAAUACUUAUCAAGGGUCGAAGUAAAUGUUCUUUUUUAAUUUUCUUAACUUGCUUCAGUCAUGCCCGAACAAGUAUUUAAAAGCCAGGAAAAAUGACGCUUGCGUGAAUAUCAAUCAUUGGGAUUUCUAUUAACCGUCGCACAUAAUUAUUCUUUCUUGCAUACGAAGCUUUUGAGUGACUAACAAAUUUUAAAGAAAUAUUUAAAAAGACUUAUUUCACCCAGCAAACUUGCGCUGCGUUUUGACCAUUUAAAUAACUAGGUAGAAAGGCUGAUGUCUUUUGAAAUACAUUUUUGAUUUUCUGAUCUUCAAAAAUCACUUUGAGGUUCUAUAUCCCAGACUAAUUUUAGUUUCCACGCCCAUUUUUUUGUCAAAACGCCGAUUAUAUCUUUUUCUUAUUGUCUCUCUAGCUAAGGUCCGGCCACAUCGUAAUAUCUCCCAACCCAAUCCUGCUUGGACUGACUACUCGAAAAAGGGGACUUUACAAAGGGGGUUGUCUAUAAGCGUCUUGGUAAUGGCGGCACUCACAAUGGCAUCUCUAGCUGCCUUGGGCGUUUUUUACUUUUAUCGCCGAAGAUUUGUAGCGGGCACAAGGGAAAAACGUCGAGGAAAGUACCAGAUUAUCUACAACGCCGAUGGAAAUGA